GGGGGUCAUACCUGACUCUCUCACCCAACAUGGCGCGCGUGAGCAUUGUUAUGGUUGUUGCCGUGGCAUGCAUGAGCCUUGCAGGGCUGUGCUCGGGCAUGGCUGUGGAUGUGGAGCGGAGCUUGGCGGCGAGCCGUGCGCAGGCCAUGCUUGCCUCGCCUGCCUUCCAAGCCGACCUGACAGCUGUCGAGUUGGCCAUGUCCUCUCCUCGUCCUGCAGACUCUGCUGAUUAUGCCCGUGCCGUUGCUGAAGGCCAUCAUCUUCCCUGUGCUCUCUGCUCCAUCGCAUUCAAUGAGAUCUUUGCUCUCAUGAUGGAGAACGAUACUGUCGCCUUUAUCCAGGACGAGCUCAACAAGGAUUUCUGCCCGCGGAUGCCGGCCUCGCUCCAGGCCCCGUGCAAGCUGCUGGUUGCCUCGCUUCCGGCCAUUUUCGACGACAUUGGUGACAAGGUGUCGAUUGCCAACACGUGCGUCAAGCUCGAUUUCUGCAAGCAGCCGUGGGCGGACGACCAUCCGGAGACGAUGGACAUUCCAUCGUACACGAUCGACCUCGACGCGGCGCCGGAGAACCGGUUUGCGCAAGUGUGCGCCAACAAGACGUUCAUCCACGAGCUGACUGACAUGUUUGAUUGGAUCGCGGCCGGGCUGGAGGACGGCGGCAAGCGCAUUGUCGAGUUUGGCAACACCAUCAACAAGUUCCUCCCUGCUGAGUACUCGGGCGAGCUUGCCGGGUGCGCCAAGGCGCUCGACAUUGACGCCGGCUGGCUGGCGUUUGUGCAGGUGGCGUACACGGCGUCGGACGCCUGCACGUCGAUGAUUCUGGCGACGCCCGACUCGCAGUCGGUCAUCCACGGGCGCAACCUCGAUUUUUGGUCGGGGCUCUCGUUUGCUGGCACGCUCAAGAACUGCACCUUUUACGGCACCUUUACCAAGGGCGGCAAGACAGCAUACGAGAUCACCAUGAUCGGCGGGAUGUUUGGCUCGCUGACCGGCGUCGUGCCCGGUGGGCACGCUUCGACGGUCAACACCCGGUUUGUGCCGGGCGGGUUGUGGGCGUAUGUGGAGAUGAUUGUCAACGACAUCAUCCAGCACGACUCGACGCUUGUGCUCUUUGCCACUCGCAACGCUCUGGCGGCCGGGUACUCGUGGGCCGAUGCCGUCAAGUACCUCUCGUCUGUCCGCCUCCCGUCGGACGUCUACUUUACCAUCUCGGGCGUGUCCAAGAACGAGGGCAUCAUUGUUGCCCGUGCCGCAGACUCGGUCUUCAACACCACCGCGCUCGAUGUCGACUCUGGCAAGUGGUGGGUGGGCGUGACCAACUACCCGUGGGGUCCGGGCGCGCCGCCCAACGGCUCGCCGUGGUUCGACCAGCGGUACAUCCCGCUUAUGGACCACCUCGAGCAUCUUGGCCACGCCAACGUUAACAUGGACGCCGCGUGGGACGUGCUCUCCAUCAAGCCGACGUUCAACCUGCAGACCGUCACGUCGAACGUCAUCGUCGCCGCUAACGGCACCCUUCACUCGGCCUCGCGCUGGUGCCCGUGGCCGUGCGCGCAGUAAGCACGCCUACAAGCUGUCUGGUCGCUUGCACCGCCACCGUCUCUCAUCAAACGCUGACUUUUGUCCA